AUGUCUACUCUAAGCUUCGUUCACUCUGACAAGGCACCAAAAGCCAUUGGACCAUAUUCUCAAGCUGUGAUUGCAAACAAUAUGAUCUUCUGCUCUGGUCAAGUCCCCUUUGUUCCUGAAACAAUGGAGAUCGUCGAAGGAGAUAUCCAAGUUCAAACUCGUCAAGCUCUGACAAACUUGAAGGCUGUGCUUGAAGCUGCUGGUUCUGACAUGCACCAUGUUGUCAAAACUACCGUUUUCAUCAAGGACAUGAAUGAAUUCGCCAAGAUGAACGAAAUCUACGCCGAAAUGUUUGGAGACCAUAAACCAGCCAGGUCAACUGUUGAAGUCGCUCGUCUUCCAAGGGACGUCAAGGUUGAAGUCGAAUGCAUGGCUAUUCCAAAGUAG